AAAAAAAAAAAAGAAAACCAGAUUCAGAAAAAAAAACAAAAAAAAAAGAAAAAGCUUGACGCUGUGACUUGUUUGUGGCACCCAAUCGCAUAACUGAAGUUCAGGAGUAAGUAAUGUUACGCUUUUCUCUAUUUUUUUGAUGUUGAAACGACAAAGCAUAAUAGCAUCUAUCGGUGUCUUUUGUUUACUAGUGCUUUCAGUGUUGUUUAUUUUCACUAAGCAGACAGACCCAACAACAAACAAUGUAGUAGAAUCGCCUAUCAUACAACAAGCGAAAGCUGAUUUAGAGUAUGAUAAAAUAAUCAUGUCUUCUAUGGGCAAUCAGACACAAAGGUAAUCUCCUAUGCAUAUGGCAUAUACUGAGCAUAUAUAUAAAAAAAGGGCCGAACUUGGAAGAGCAACAUGGAAGUUUCUUCAUACAAUGGUAGGUCGUUUUCCAGAGAAACCUACUGAACAGGAGCGACAGUCAUUACAUCAAUUCAUGAUGUUAUUCUCUACCUUGUAUCCUUGUGGUGAUUGUGCACGUCAUUUCAACCAAUUAAUCACAACCUAUCCACCACAAACAUCGUCUCGAUUUGCUGCUUCACAAUGGCUAUGUGCUAUGCAUAAUAAAGUGAAUGAGAGACUGCAUAAGCCAAUCUUUAAUUGCGCUGAAAUUGAUUCAAAAUACCCUUGUGGUUGUGCAGAAACAACCACAUGAUUUUCUUUCUUUUUUUUUUAAAAAAAAUAAAAUGAAUUUUUACGAUAAUAAAAAACGACCUUCAGCAGAAGAAAUCGCUAGUGAU